CAAACACACGAGUACAUGCUGCGAAAUUGCCAAGAAAUUACAUCGAAACUUCCAGAUCACUUUCAUGGCGUUGCCAUCAUAAAAAACCGACUACCUCCAUCACCAAACUCCAUCAAAGCAACUUUAAACAAAAAAAAAAAUCGAUAAUAUCACAUCCUCAACUCCGAUCAAAAUGGCAGCCGUAGCGCCUCCCCGUGAAAAGAAAACCCCAAAUCCUCGUCGGACGAUCUACAGACACCCGAAAGAAAUCAACGACGACGAUCCAAUAUUCCCACUUUACUUCCUGAUCAUGAUUCCCAACACCAUCGGAAUGUUCUCCAGAGCCUACCGGCGUAACGACUACUCACUAGCUAUUCUCAGUCUCCUGGAUUGGGAGAAUAUGAAAUCCGGUGAACAUGGAAUUGGAUUACUUGGAAAUCAGAGGUUGGAUGCACGAGAACUGAAGAAUGACUCCGAUUCCGUUUUGGAGAAAGUGUAAAUGGAGUUGUGGGCUUGCUGCUUUUUGUGUCUUCUCGAUGAUCUCUACACUUUUUUUGUCUUUCUUUUUAAUCAGGAAUGAUUAUCAAGUACAGUAUUAUGUUUAGUUGGAUGGUAGUAUGAAUGUAUGAAGUAUGAUCAAGGUAUUGGAUGAUUGAAGUUAAUAUAA